AUGGCUUUCUGGGGCCUGAAUGGCACUUUGAAGCGCAUGCUAUCGGAGUGGUUUUCUGUUGGAUUGCUGAAACUUGAGAGAAUCACAUGGAAAUCCCCUUGUGAGCUGCUCCAGAAAAUUAGUCAAUAUGAGACUAUUCAUCCAGUAAGAAAUUGGACUGACAUUAAGCACAGAGUAGGGCCUUACAGAAGAUGUCAUGCCUUCACCAGUGGAGCAAUGCCAGGAGAACCUUUAGUGUUUUUACAUGAAGCUCUCACAGAGGAGAUCCCUGACAAUAUUCAGACAAUUUUUGGAGGGCGUACUUCUCAGGAGAUAACAGAGGAUGAAAAUAAAAUUAAAGCAGCUAUCUUCUACUCCAUCUCAUCCACCCAAGUUGGACUUCAAGGUGAAGAACUUGGGUAUUACCUCAUUAAGCAGGUUGUCCGUGAACUCCAGAGUGAAUUUCCCUCCUUGGAUCAAUUUUCAAGCUUGUCUCCUAUAUUUGGCUUUAGAGUGUGGCUGCUUGGUCUUUUGAAUCAACAAAGGAAUGAUGGAAGAGGUAGAAAGAUACUGAUGGACACCGAGUGGCAAGAGAUUGAAAGACUUGUUGGGAGUCCUGCCCCAGAGAGACUUCACAAACUGCUCAGCACGAAUGAAUGGGUGCGCUCUGAACAGCUCAUGGAUAUCCUUAAACCGAUACUCAUGAGAUUGUGCAGCUGGUUUCUCUAUGGGGAGAAACAUCGUAGCUAUGCUUUAAAUCAGGCAGCAAAUUUUCAUCUGCAAAAUGGAGCUACUAUGUGGAGGUUAAACUGGAAAGCAGAUAUGAGUCCUCGUGGUAUAUCAGCUUCUUGUGGGAUGAUGGUGAAUUAUCGGUAUUUUCUUCCAGAUAUAGGUGCAAACAGCGCAAAAUAUCUCAGGACAAAGGUUAUUCAAGCUUCUGAACAGAUUUUGAAUUUGGUUUCACAAUUUCAAAAGAACAGCAAGCUUUAGGUAAUAUUACCAGGUCCAUUAGGCACAUUGGUGAUACUUUUGAAUAUUUCCAUAUUAA